UUCCUUGGAUAUAAUAUGGGAGAGAGCCCCAUUCAAGUGACAGGGACUACUCGCUAUCUCUUCCCUACGGAUGGAGGGCAAAUCCAGGCUGAAAAGAUCACAUUUGUAAAAGGGGCAACUAUGGUCAAGGUGAAGGUGGUGAAAGACAACCACAGUUUCUUCAUUCACAUCAUAGACCCCAAAGAAAUUCAAGAAGACAUUCAAAAUGAUCAAGGAAGUAAUGACUUUGUGGAAGAGCAACAGGCUGAGCUGGGAAAAUUGGUAAACGGAGGUAAAGCGGUGAGCAAAUUCGGAUCGUUUUCUGCCACGUUGGAAAACGAUAUUCAUCUUUCCUUCAGUUGCUACGGACCUGAAGGAAAAACCCCAGAUAAGAAAGAUCCUAACUUAGCAGGCGCUCUGUCCAUCCCUUCAGUCAACCUGCCCACGUCCACGUUUACUGCCUCAGCUGUCCCUCCUGCCGCCGCCCCGGCGCCUGGGAAGAACAAGCCUGGUAAAGAAAAAUCU